AUGACUUUCGAGAUUCCCUCGGUCUCCGAAUUGAAACACGCCGCUGAGGACGGUCAGCGCAUAACCCCGGCCGAUGUCUCGUCCAUCUCACAGGCCGAAAGCGAACUAACGGGGCGCGGCCCGGGACGAGCUUUCCACCGUGCACCUGGCUUUGGAUCGGUAUCCUCGCAGGUUCGCUCGAUUGCCAAUCAGAACGAGGUACCGGAUAUACCUCCUAUCAUGGCAGAUGUGCCAGCAUAUGUAACCAAGGACGAUGCGCGCGAGGCGCAACGGGCCGAAUCGUUGUUCUACGGCGGUGCGAUCCCGAGUGGUGGGAUGGCAUCGCAGAUGCAGAGUGCAGCGGAUAAAUUGGAACAAGCGCGGCGGGGUAUUAUCUAA